UAUUUAUACAUAAUCGUUAGUUAUUUUAUAUUUCUUACCAAUUUCAUGCGUUCGAUAUUAUUUUUAAUCAAGUACGGUAAAGUACAUAUUCGAAUAAUUCGACCUGCAAUUUGAUUUAUUUCCAUAGCUAGUACGACUCGAUCGCGCACCCAUUGAAAUCAUGUGGUACGUUCCAUAGCUCUCUGUUGCCCCGGAAGAAAGCAGUUCGCUUUACCACUUGGAAAGUGAUCAGCUCGCGAGGUUGCAACCGUGAAAGUACAUGAUCUACUCGCAUAAAAGAAACACAACUCUUGGAAUCCAAGGAUAGUACACAGUGUUCGUACUGGCUGAGGAGACAGACCUACAGACGGUAUCACAGACACUGGACAGAUUUAAUCUUAUAGAUUUGAAUGGACAAGGAGACCAGAAAUACAUAGCCCAGCUAGUUAACCCGUGUGGAAACUCUGCGAUGCCUGUGAAGAAAAAGAGGAAGUCUUCAGGGUCAGAUGACCCGGGACUCAGGAAGUGUAAAAUCACCUGUUUCUGCAGACCUCAGGCUCCAGGCCGGUUGAUCAGCCCAGAGGACCAGUUCUCCAAUAAGAAAUGUCUGGCCUGGUUCUACGAGUACACAGGUCCAGAUGAGGUGUUGGGUCCAGAGGGGAUGGAGAAGUUCUGUGAAGACAUUGGAGUGGAACCAGAAAACAUAAUUAUGUUAGUUAUAGCCUGGAAACUAGAAGCUCCAAAUAUGGGAUUUUUCACUAAGGAGGAGUGGCUUAAGGGAAUGACUUUACUACAGUGUGACUGCAUAGAGAGGUUACAGGGGAAACUGGACUACCUUCGCAAUCAUCUCAACGACACGAUCAUCUUUAAAAACAUCUACAGAUACGCCUUUGACUUUGCCAGGGAUAAGGACCAGAGGAGUCUGGACAUGGACACAGCUAAGUCCAUGCUAGGGUUGCUACUGGGGAGAACAUGGCCACUCUUCCCUGUCUUCAACCAGUUUCUGGAGCAGUCCAAGUACAAGGUGAUGAAUAAGGACCAGUGGUAUAACGUCUUAGAGUUCAGUCGUACAGUCAGCACAGACCUCAGUAACUAUGACGAGGAUGGAGCCUGUGAGGCCGGUGUUAUUGGAUGAGUUUGUGGAGUGGCAGAAAGCUCGGCUGGCAGCGUUAUAGCUGAGGACACACUCGCCAAACCGCAGAAGAGGAGAAAGAGAGAAGCUCACAUGAAGAUGUUCUCCCUCCGUUUGAAAUAUACAGAAACGGCACACACACUAUAGAGAGAUGGCACACACACACCUUCCAUGGACUGUGCACACACACACCCAUACGGUGUCACGGCGUGCAGAUACACUUCCAGUGACGGCCUCUGCUUAGUGGGCCAAACAGUGAAGUCCUCUCUCUCUGAAGAUAGUUUGUCAGUGUCAAUUUAAGCAAGUUCAACAAGGAGAAAACAAACAAAAAACGAAACAAAAGGGGGAACUAUUUUUCAUAUAUAUUGCAUCUGUGGCCACAGUUCUCUAGCCAUUGUUGUGAAGCUCGACUGGGGAAUUUUUCGGUUUCCUUGAACAUUUUUUCCCUUCAUUUUUGAGUCUUACCUUGUUUAUAGUAUGUUUUCAGAACAAGAAUAAAGAAUGGAAUUCAACCAAA